UUUCCGAGUGCGAUCAUUCUCAUAGUCUCCAUCCUGAUAAAACCACCUGGCUAUUUAUAGACAAAAAUUCCCCUCCUCUUCCAUGCGCAAUUCACCCCCUCCCUCCCCAUCCCCCGGGACGCGUGCGUCCUACCCCAGGUAGAAAUUGACGUCAGAGCUGUUCGUAAUUUGACGUGUAAACAUCGCUUCCCCUUCACUGUCUCAUUGGUGGCGCUCCAUGCGCGUUCAAUUACUCGCUCCCGGCUCAUCAGAAUUAAUUCUUCGGCUACAGAUUUUUAUCAGAGGAAGUCGUUUGGAGCUGGGCUGAAAUUGCGUUUGUAUAUUUUAUUUAUUAAGUUAUUUGUACUUCAUUUGUAUUAUUCGCGCGCGUCCUGAUCAUCAACACGUUUUAAAGUAGUUGUGAUUAUUUUGAAAUGGAAGAAAGAUGUCGUCCAAUGUUGCUGUGCAGUGUUAUUGCUCUUCUCUGUGCGCUCGUGUCCUCAGCUGUGGACCGACAGUAUCUAAACGAAUGGGCGGUGGAGAUCCCCGGAGGAAAGGACGCUGCCCGAUCCAUCGCCGACGAGCUGGGUUACAAAUUAGUCCGACAGAUUGGGGAUUUGGAAAACCAUUAUUUAUUCAAGCGAUACAAUCACCCUAGCAGGACGAAAAGAAGUGCGGGACACAUCACCAAACGUCUCUCAGAGGAUGACAGGGUGUCGUGGGCCGAACAACAGUAUGAGAAGCGGAGGGCAAAGCGUGCCCCACUGGGGACUGAAUGUAAGGAGUGCUCUGUGGACAAACUAUUCGAUGACCCCAUGUGGAACCAACAGUGGUACCUGCAAGACACCCGGACGUCUUCCUCCCUCCCCAAACUGGACCUUCACGUGAUCCCAGUAUGGAAGAAGGGCAUCACUGGUAAAGGUGUGGUCAUCACAGUCCUCGAUGAUGGCUUGGAGUGGAACCACACCGAUAUUUACCCCAACUACGAUCCUGCUGCUAGCUACGAUUUUAACGACAACGAUCCCGAUCCAUUCCCAAGAUACGACUCUACCAACGAGAAUAAGCAUGGCACCAGAUGCGCUGGCGAGAUUGCCAUGCAGGCAGACAACAACAAAUGUGGCGUCGGGGUGGCCUACAAUUCGAAAGUGGGAGGGAUCCGAAUGCUGGAUGGGAUCGUGACGGAUGCCAUUGAGGCCAGUUCUAUAGGUUUUAACCCUGACCAUGUGGACAUCUACAGCGCCAGCUGGGGUCCUAAUGAUGACGGAAAGACCGUAGAGGGACCCGGUCGACUGGCCCAGAAAGCGUUCGAGUACGGCAUUCAAAAGGGGCGUGGCGGGAAAGGCUCUAUUUUCGUCUGGGCUUCUGGUAAUGGUGGGCGUCAGGGCGACAACUGUGAUUGCGACGGAUACACAGACAGCAUCUACACCAUCUCUAUCAGCAGUGCCUCCCAACAGGGUCUCUCACCGUGGUACGCUGAGAAAUGCUCAUCUACGCUGGCCACGGCCUACAGCAGCGGAGACUACACUGACCAGAGAAUAACUAGUGCGGAUUUGCACAACGAAUGCACAGAGACGCACACUGGCACAUCUGCAUCUGCCCCACUGGCUGCUGGGAUAUUUGCUCUGGCUUUGGAGCAAAACCCAGACCUGACCUGGCGAGAUCUGCAGCACUUGGUGGUAUGGACAUCUGAGUUCGACCCUCUAGCCAACAACCCGGGCUGGAAAAAGAAUGGAGCUGGAUUGAUGGUCAACAGUCGUUUCGGCUUCGGCCUCCUGAACGCCAAAGCCCUGGUCGACCUGGCCGAUCCCAAAGUCUGGAAUCACGUUCCAGAGAAGAAACAGUGCAUCGUCAGAGAUGAGACAUUUCAGCCGAGACCAUUAAAAGCAGCAGGUGAAAUAUCCAUCGAGAUUCCCACCAAGGCCUGCGCGGGACAGACGAACUCCAUUGCGUCUUUGGAGCACGUGCAGGUGGAGGUCAGCAUCGAGUACACACGGAGAGGUGACCUCCACAUCACCCUCACAUCUCCUUCAGGCACCACCACAGUGCUGCUGGCAGAGCGAGAGAGGGACACAUCAUCCAACGGUUUCCGGAAUUGGGCCUUCAUGUCCGUGCACACCUGGGGAGAGGAUCCCACGGGUACCUGGACCCUAAAGAUCACGGAUACGUCGGGCCGGCUGGAGAAUGAAGGUCGGAUUCUAAGCUGGAAGCUGAUUUUGCAUGGCACAUCUGAGAAACCAGAACACAUGAUGAAGGGAAGAGUGUAUACACCCUACAAUGCUGUGCAAAAUGAUCGCAGGGGAGUGGAGCCAAUGGAAGACAUGAUUAAGGACAUUCCCACUCCAGCCCACAAACCUGAAAAUCCAAGUCGAGCAGCAGAUUCAGGCUCUCUUCCUUCAAACGCCUCCCCCGGCAUUCCAGCAGAAAAUCUGUCUGACCCCUCCGAUGCCAACCUGGCCCUCUUACGCCUCCUCCAGUCGGCCUUUAACAGGCAGAGUCCUGCGAUUCCUCCUAACACUUUGGCUGCUUCUCCCAAAGUCAUGCAACAGGAACGGAUCCCUCCGCAGAAGUACUACCAGGCCCUGGAUCAGCUAAACCGGUACAGGGGCUCUGAAAACGGCUUAUUUAGUGACUACAGCGACAGCUUCUACAGAGCCCAGCCAUACAGGCACAGAGAUGACCGGCUGCUGCAGGCUCUGUUUGAUAUGCUCGGAGAUGACCAGGAGUGAGACAGGAGAAAAGAUGGGGGGAUAGGGUAAGGAAUUGGGAGGGACUGGAUGAAUCCUUGCUGAAAAGACCAGCAGACAUUUCUAGACAUGCUGUUCGGCACAAAAAUCCAGCUGGUUAACAUAUUCGUGUUAAACAAGUAAAAAGCAUGCUCUUUUUUAGUGAGGUAGCAUGUUCUUGCCAGUUAGCAUGUUAUUUCUGUUUACGCCUAGUGAAAUAUUUUAGCUGGUAUAGCUGAUCAGUUUAUGUAUGUAGCUUUGCUGCUUUAGAGGUUUGUGAAGGCUGGUCAUCUUUGGUUAAGCAGCCUUGCUGUUAACCAGAGGAUACCAGCAUCUUAUAUUUACUGGUAACCAGUGGUGCUGGCAUGGGCGUCAGAACCAUUAUAUGUGGGUGGGACAAGACCUACCCACUUUAUAAGACCAAUGAUAUUGGACCCACUCACUUUUUAAUCUAAUUUAGCGCACUUGUCAAAGCGCCAUCAGUCAAAUCCAUUCCACUAGAGCAGUGGUCUCCAACAUGGUGCCCACACAGAGUCUGUGAGUUUCCCACCAAAGCAAAUUCUAUUUAUAG